GGACGAUCAGCUGUACCGUAGCUCAUUUGUGUUCCCAGAGACUUGCUCUCCUCUCCCCUGAGCGGAGGCUGCUGGAGAAGAAGCAUCUGUGCCCGGACUUUUCUUGAUUGCGGAGAUGAUGGUGCUGGACAAGGAGGACGGCGUGCCGAUGCUCUCCGUGCAGCCCAAGGGGAAGCAGAAGGGAUGCGCCGGCUGCAACCGAAAGAUCAAGGACCGCUACCUGCUGAAGGCUCUGGAUAAGUAUUGGCAUGAAGACUGUCUAAAGUGUGCCUGCUGCGACUGCCGUCUUGGAGAGGUUGGAUCAACUCUUUACACAAAAGCAAAUCUCAUUCUCUGCCGCAGAGAUUACCUGAGGCUCUUUGGUACCACCGGGAAUUGUGCUGCCUGCAGUAAACUGAUCCCUGCCUUUGAGAUGGUGAUGAGGGCCAGAGAUAAUGUUUACCAUUUGGACUGCUUCGCCUGUCAGCUCUGCAACCAGCGAUUCUGCGUGGGAGACAAAUUUUUCCUGAAGAACAACAUGAUCUUGUGUCAGAUGGACUAUGAGGAAGGGCAGCUGAACGGGAGCUUCGAGUCCCAGGUUCAAUAACAGCCCCUGCUUGGCUGGAGCACUGUGGGAUGGGCGCUUGGCCGCACGAGCAGCGAGGGCGUCUGUCAGCUUGCCUGCAAUAUUUUUUUAAUUCUUGGUCCAGAGAGGACUAUAUACAUUGUAGUACUUUUCCCCCCCAACACAAAGCAGUUACAAUUUUAGAUGUACAGUUGUGCCUGCUUAGCUGAGCACUGCAUUGCCUGUAUGUUUGUGAGUUUUUGGGGUCUGGGGGAGGGCUCUGUACAGUCUGUUUUCUGUAUAUAAACUGGAACAUUUAUUUUAUGAAAAAUGUAAUGCAAUUUUAUUACUGGUGUGAAUUAAAAAUUAUGAAUGUUUCCUGGUCA